AUGGGGCUGCCGCCGCUGUGGCGGGAGGCAGACGAGGAGGACCACUUGGUGGGCGAUGAUGAAGAAGAGGACGGAGAGCGAGUGGCGCGGUGGAUGGGCGGGUGGUGGGCGGAGAUGCGGGUCGAGGGCGAGCGGCAGCGGGCGAUCAGGCAGAAGGCCGACCGCGAGCUGCAGGCGGCCCUGGCGCGGGUGCGCGACCUCCAGGCCCACCGCCUGCGCGGACGGACCAACAAAGCCGGCCUCCCCACCCUCGACUGA